CCUUUAUGGAACAAAAAGUGAUAUUUGUACAACCAAUAGUUCUACAAGUGAAAACCGUGCUUCGUGCUCUUUUUUCCCUCCACGAAUAACAAAUCCAGAUAAUUACACCAUUGAAGUGGAAGCUCAAAAUGCAGAUGGUAUAAUUAAAUCUGAUACGACACGUUGGAGCUUAGAUGCCAUAGUGAAAACUGAACCACCUGAGAUUUUCAGUGUGAAACCAGUUUUGGGCAUCAAACGAAUGGUUCAAAUAAAAUGGAUUAGGCCUGCAUUGGCACCUGUUUCAUCUAAUUUAAAAUACAUGCUUCGAUUCAAGACAGUCAGUAGUACCUGCUGGAUGGAAGUCAACUUCACCCAGGGCUAUAUGAAUACCAACCAAGCCUACAACCUCACAGGGCUGCAGGCUUUUACAGAAUAUGUCGUAGCUCUGCGAUGCAUGGCCGAGGAAUCAACGUUCUGGAGUGACUGGAGCCAAGAAAAAGUGGGAACAACCAAGGAGGAAGCUCCAUACGGCCUGGAUCUGUGGAGAGUCCUGAGACCAGCCGAGGUGGAUGGAAGAAGGCCAGUGCAGUUGUUGUGGAAGAAGGCAAGAGGAGCCCCAGUCCUGGAGAAAACCCUUGGCUACAACGUAUGGUACUUUCCGGAAAACAACACUAACCUCACAGAGACAAUGAACACCACUAACCAGCAGCUCGAACUGCAUCUGGGAGGCGAGACCUACUGGGUGUCUGUGAUUUCUUAUAAUUCUCUUGGAGAGUCUCCUGUGGCCUCUCUGAGGAUUCCAGCUAUUUAUGAAAAGUCAUUUCGGUGCAUUGAGGUCAUGUGGGCCUGCCUUGCCUUGGACCAGCUGGUGGUGGAGUGGCAGAGCUCUGUUCCAGAGGUGGACAUGUGGAUGGUGGAGUGGUUCCCAGAAGUGGACUCAGAGCCCUCUACCCUUUCCUGGGAACCUGUGUCUGGGGCCAGGAACUGGACAAUUCAGCAAGAUAAAUUAAAACCUUUCCAGUGCUAUAACAUCUCCGUGUAUCCAGUGUUGCAAGAGCAAGUGGGCGAGCCAUAUUCCAUCCAGGCUUAUGCUAAAGAAGGCAUUCCAUCAGAAGGUCCCAUAACCAAGGUAGAGAACAUUGGUGUGAAGACAGUAACAGUCACCUGGAAGGAGAUUCCCAAGAGUAAGAGAAAUGGUUUUAUCAGCAACUACACCAUAUUUUACCAAGCUGAAGGUGGAAGAGAAUUCUCCAAGACAGUAAACUCCAGCAUUCUGCAGUAUGGCCUGGAGUCCCUGACACGGAAGACCUCUUACACAGUUUGGGUCAUGGCCAGCACUAGUGCUGGGGUUGCCAACGGAACCAGCAUAAACUUCAAGACACAGUCACUCAGUGUCUCUGAGAUUUUCCUUAUAAGUUCUCUGGUUGGAGGAGGCCUUCUUAUUCUCAUCAUCCUGACCGUGGCAUGUGGUCUCAAAAAACCCAGCAAAUUGACUCACCUGUGCUGCCCUGAUGUCCCCAACCCUGCUGAGAGUAGUAUAGCCACGUGGCGUAAAGAUGAUUUCAAGGGUAAGCUAAACCUGAAGGAGUUUGAUGACUCUGUGAACACGAAAGAAGACAGGAUUCUAAAACUCUGUUCUGCCCCCAGUGACCUGACUGACAAGUUGCUGGUGAACUUUGUGAAUUUUCUGGAAGAGGUUUCCACAGAGGAAGCCAGAAAGGGUCAGGAAAACAUUUUGGGAGGGGAAAAGAAUGAGUAUGUGACCUCCCCCUACAGGCCGCACGGUCCCUCAGGGAAGAGCUGUGAGGAGUCCCUGGUUUCCACCAAGAUUCCUCUCAGAGAAUGCCAAGACCUGUGUUUGGGAAUGCCUGAAGGGACCUGCUCAGAAGUCAAAGAGCAACUACUCUCUUUGGAUCAAAGUUUAGGGCCAGACCGAGUCUGUGAGGAAGGAGCAUCAAAUCCAUACUUGAAAAAUUCAAUGACAACAAGGGAAUUUCUUGUGUCUGAAAAACCUCCAGAGCCCAUUGAGAGAGAAGUCUAA